UCCUUUACCACGGUGUCAUAUAACUUGUCGCCGUCGCUGGUUGAGGCACGAGGAUCCCCUCGUCCCCUGCCAUGUCCCAGUACACAGGCACUCUAGAGACGCUUAUUAUAGCCGCCGACCGCUCCAGCCUCGAGCAAGAGGGCUCAUUGGCAAGUCUGGCAUGCGAUGCUCAUAGGCUUGCAGCCCUCUUAUGUUACGAGAUAUUGAUUACGCUGGAAGACGAACUGGCCAUAUUGUGGCGACAGCGAAUCAAUGCUACGUCGGCCGUCUUCUUCAUCGUUCGUCUGACAAUGGUCCUUCGAGUUGCAUAUGAUCUAUUGCCCGGGAUGCUUGUCCCAAUCACUCAAACAGUCAGUGUAAUAUUUUUGGGUGAAUUUCUUGUGCUUAUAGGCUCCACCAUCAGAGUUGUCUCAAUUUUUUAUUUAUGGGACUUCUUCUUGACGGCUGUCUUCUCUGCCCUGCGUACCUUCGCCAUCUCCAAUCGGAAUUUGGCACUCGCUACCACGGUAUUUUUACUUGGAGUCUCACCGGCUGCUAUCAAUAUAAGCACAGUUCAGCUUGACUCGAGCCGUAUACACAAUUCACAACCCGCUUCUCCGGUGCAUUUCAAUGAGUACAAUCCCUACGCAGCUAAAUUUUAUUUUGUCAAAGCUUAUCGCCUGGCUCAGCUGUACGUCAACACCAAAUCUGUCACAUACUCCUCAUAUGACCCUGGUGGUAUAGUGCUCCUUCUAAGCCGCAUCCCCGCAGUGAUAGCAGAUGCGCUGGUGCUGCUGGUGACCGCCCUCAGGACUCUUCGAGGGGUGGUGGAGGCACGCCGUUUCCAUGGCCCAGGUGCUAGCUCACUCGCUGGGCUCCUCGUUGGACGUGCUUCGCUUGCUGAGUACCUCGUUCAAGAUGGUAAAGCAUUCACUCGUGGAAGCUACUAGCAUUUCCAACUUUAACCUAUCUGAUACUACAGGUCUUCUAUAU